GAUUCCAUUUGUUCCUAGUUUGAUCAGAGUUUUUCAUCAGUGGAUGUUGAUUUUUGUGAAAUGCCUUCUCUGCUCUUGUUUAAGUGACCAUGUAGUUUUUCUCUUUAUUUCUGUUCAUAUGGUGAAUUAUAUUAAUUAAUCUCCCAAUGUUAACCCAACCUUGCAUAUCUGGAAUAAAACCAUCCUUUUGUUAUGGCACAUUAUUCUCUUUAAGUAUUGCUGGAUUUUAUUUUCUCAUAUUUUACUAAUGAUUUUUCCUUUCAUAUUCACAAGGGAUAUUGGUUCUUAGUUUUCUUUUUUUUCAGUGUCCUUGGUAUCAAGAUUUAAUUCUGACCUCAUAAAAUUAAUCAGCAGUGUUCCCUUGCGCUCAAUUUUCUGGAAAAUUCUAUGUAGAAUUGGAAAUAUUUCUUCCUUAAAAAUUUGAUAGAAUAUACCAGUAAAGCCACUUGAAACUAUAGUUUUCUGUGUGGGAGCAUUUUAAAUUAUGAAUUCAAUUAUUUUCCAUAUUAGGAAUACUUAGGAAACAUGUUUAAUUUCUUUUUGAAUCAGUUUUGGUAAUUUUUAACUUUCAAAACAUUUUCUACUUCAGCAGGUUUUCCAAUUGAUUUCUCAUUUAAGGUAUUUUAAUAUUGUUGUCUUUAAUUUAAAUGAAUUAUGAUCAUAUCUUUGGUUAGUAGCAGAUCAGGAAAUCAAGAGUGCUCUUAUCACACAGUCUUAGUGUCAGUGUGAAUCAAUCCAAAAUCUUUGGAAUAUAAUUGGCGUUAAUAGAAACCAGUACCUUUAACAUAUCUACCUUGUAAGUGCCCAGUCUAGGGAUUUAUCAGAAAUAUCAUGUGUAUGGAGUUAUGAUGUAUAAAGAUAUUUAUAGCAUCAUUUUUCACAAUAAAAUGAACACAAUAAGCAAUGAUCAGCAGAGGGAUAACUAAUAAAGAAUGGGCAUCCCUAUAACAGAACACUAUGCAGAAAUAAAAGUGGGCAACAUGUAUAGAUAUGCUUUAUAUAUCUAUUUUUUAAAAUUUUUAUUCAUUUAGUUUUCCUGUUACAGGAGCUUCUAUUUUUUUCUUUAAUUUACAUCCAAAUGAGUUAGCAUCUGGUGCAACAAUGAUUUCAGGAGUAGAUUUCUUAAUGCCCCUUACCCAUUUAGCCCACCCCCCCCCACAAUCCUUCCAGUAACCCUCUGUUUGUUCUCAAUAUUUAAGAGUCUCUUGUGUUUUGUCCCCCUUGCUUUUUUAAAUAUCAUUUUUGCUUCCCUUCCCUUAUGUUCAUCUGUUCUGUGUCUUAAAGUCCUCAUAUGAGUGAAGUCAUAUGAUAGUUGUCUUUCUCUGACUGACUAAUUUCGCUUAGCCUAAUACCCUCCAGUUCCAUCAACAUAGUUGCAAAUGGCAAGAUUUCGUUCUGUCUGAUUGCCGAGUAAUACUCCAUUGUAUAUAUACACCACAUUGUCUUUAUCCAUUCAUCCAUCGAUGGACAUUUGGGCUCUUUCCAUACUUUGACUAUUGUCAGUAGUGCUGCUAUAAACAUUGGGGUGCAUGUGUCCCUUCGAAACAGCAUACCUGUUUCUCUUGUAUAAAUACCUAGUAGUGCAAUUGCUGGGCCAUAGGGUAGUUCUAUUUUUAAUUUUUUGAGGAACCUCCAAACUGUUUUCCAGAGUGGCUACACCAGCUUGCAUUCCCAUAUAUAUCUAUUUUUAUAUAUUUUUAUAUAUUGUUAAAUGAGAGAGAAAAGGUUUUAAAAUAGAUUUUCACAAGAUUUUCUAUAAAGAAUAUGCAGAUACAUACUUAUAAAUUUUUUCUAAUAUUAUAUGGCAAUCUAGUUGGGCUUGGCAACAUCAGAAAUGGGAAGGAAGAUUAUUCCCAAAUUAUACCCUUCUGCAUCUAUUGACACUCUCAGACUUAACAGGUAUACUUCAAAUGAAAUCCCAAAUCCAGAUAAAUGGUUGUAGCUGCCAUUUUUUCUGUCUCGCUCUAGCAUAAAGCAGACUUACAAUUUACAUUUGUCAGUUGGUUCAGGUUGUAAAUAUAACUGCCUAUAUUGGCUGUCCUUAUGCUUGCCACUUUGAAGUGCCCAGCUGGCAAACAUGGACACACCAUAGAAAUAAAUGUAAGAAUCUUGCUUGAAUGCAUACAGAUGCAUGUGUGUUCAGAAGAGUGGAAACCUGAGACAGUAGCAGAGAGUGAAGUACAAUUUGGGGGCAGAAACUCUCCCCAGUUUUCUGGAAGGUCCUCAGAGUUAGGAGCAGGAGCUUCUCUAUGAAAUGAGUGAAGGAGGAAACAGGCUUUGUAGGGGAUUUCUGGUGAAGUUAAGGCUUUGACUGAGACCAAUAUGCAUGCUUUUAGGAUAUUGGUGCACAUUUUAGAUGUCAAUUGUAAUGUGUCCUAUUGGGGGUUAGGGGAUGAUUUUUUCUCUGAAUAGCUAAGAGAAUCGGAGAAGAGUCUAGGAUAUAGGGCAGAAGGGGUAAUCUGCUUAGAGUCUGAGAUGUCUCUUGAAUCCUAGACUUGGGGCCUUUGAGGAGGCAGUUUUGGUAUUGAAAGCCUGUGAUUGGUGAGAUUUCAGGUUUCUUCAUUAAGCAAAAAGUUUCAAAAGUUCUGACACUUAAUUGGUCAAAAAAGGGAAUAACUAAAAGUUUGUUCUGCUUUCCGCAGUCUGAUUGCUUAGGGACGCCCUGAACCUGGGCUAAUUAAGAACAGGUACCUCAGUGACUAAGUCCCCUUGGGAAGGAGGGUAGUGGGAGGGAAGGAGAGAGAAAGAGACCCUCAGUUCCCACAAUGCUGUUAUUUCUGGACUUUCUGCUCAGCUCCUGUUGAGUAAGUUGCUGUGGCCCCUGUAUAUGCAUCAGCAGUAGCCAGACAAGUUAUCCAAGUCCUGGAGAGUCUGAGAAGGGUGGAGAGGCCCCUCCAUGGGGGUGAGUAUUUUCUCAGGGUUUUCCUCUAGGAAGGAAAGAGUAGGAGAAGAUCAGAUUGGAGUUCUGGGCUUGGCUACCUGUUAGAACAAAGGAGGCCCAGAGCUUAAAGAGUGGUUGAGGACAUCACCGAAUCCCCUCUACACAGCAGAGAGCAGAUUUAUUUCUCCUCUGUUCCAAUGUUAAAAACAGUCACUGCUAAGAUUCUUCUAUAUUUUUUCACCCAGUGCCCAAUACACAGACAUUUUAGCAAUGCAGAUCACUGAGCCAUCCCCACAAUACUGUUCUUAACCUGUUUGCCCAUCAUUCCAACCUUCAGAGGCUUGGAGGAGGUGGCAUGAGUAAGGGAAGUGAAGACGGGGAAAUGGUAAUGUGAGCCAUGAAAGCAAAUCAAGAAGAGUGGGCUCCACGGGGUAUGGCCCGACUGCUUUAAUGAGCAUCAAGUACUAUUUAACCAUAUAGCACACAUCCAAGCAACCAUCAUGUAGGGAAAUUUAUCAGCAUGACUUUAUAGCUCAACAAUAAUAUAGAUAUAAAUAUAGAUGUAGAUACAGACACAGAUAUAGAUAGAUAUAUACACACAUGUCCCUGCCUUCAUAGAGUUUAUAUUCUAGUAUCAUAGAUGAACUGUGAAUACAUGAAAUUAGAUUUCCUGUCCUUCUUCCUUGCCUUAUAUUUAUUCCAGCAUGAUGAAUAGACUAGCAUCAUAAUUGUACUUACUUGUCUUGUAUAUAAUCUGGCAUCCACCCUCCCCUUGAAUGUAAGCUCCACAGGGCAGGAAUUUUUGUUUGUUCUAUCCACUGCUGAAUUUGCUUAAUGUUCAAUGAAGGAAUGAAAUUAGUAUACAUAUCAUAUCAGGUAAUAAAAAGUGCUACAAAGAAUGGUAAAGUCCAAAAAUGAACAAGUUAUUCCUAAUUGGUGUAGGGUUACUGGAUAGAAUCCUCUGAGGAGAUGACAUUUGAGUAAUGGGAUGAAUAAAGUGAGAGGUCAAGAUCCAGACAUCCACAGGGGCUACUGGCCUCAGAUCUAUCCUUGUUAGGGACAGGUGCCACCUUUCCUCUCUCCCAACAUUUUGCAAAGCACAUGGGUUUAGGGAAGAAUGAUUCUGCCCUGGGAAAUUAUCUCCAGAGAGCUCCAGAGCUCUCAUUUGUAGAUGUGUCUGCUCUGUACCAUGGAAGUUCACACUCUGGGGAGAGCAGGGGUGUUGGUCUUAGUCCUCUGCUGCUUUUCUACUGCCCCAUGAUAAGUCUAGACAGUACUAGUAAGGAUGAGGCACAGGGUUCAAUAUUCCAUGUUUUGAACAUCACCUAGAACACCUUUCUAUCAUCUGCUACAAUUAACAUAAGAGGAAAUGACACAAUCCCAGGCCUGGUGUGGCUGAUCAACACAGCUUCAUAAGUGGCCAGUUUAACACUCUUAUCCUCUGUCCCCUGAGAGAAGGCGUAUCCAGUAGUGUAAAAAAACAAGAAAGGGUUCUUAUCCUCUAUAGAGAUGAAGGAGUCCUCAUCUUCAAGACAGGUGAUCUUGAGGUAGAUUGGAGGUCACCACAUUGAGGUGUGGCCUUGUGCAGAGCAUUGCAGUCAGGGCUUUUCACCUGGUCUUCAGGUUGGAGAUAGUUUCUCAUCUUAACCUGUCUUCCUUCUCUUUGGAGAACAGGACCAUGUGGAGCCAUGUUACCAGUCUUCGAGCUCUAGGUUUUUCAAAAACAGAAACAAGGAGUAAAUGAUGAACAAUCUCUCUGGUGCCACUGAGUUCUGCCUUCUAGGCUUUCCCGGGUCCCAAGAACUACACCACACUCUUUUUGCCAUAUUCUUUUUCUUCUACUCAGCAACGUUAAUGGGAAACACAGUCAUCAUCGUGAUUGUCUGUGUGGAUAAACGUCUGCGGUCCCCUAUGUAUUUCUUCCUUGGUCAUCUCUCUGCCUUGGAGAUAUUGGUUACAACUAUUAUCGUGCCUGUGAUGCUUUGGGGAUUGAUGCUCCCUGGGAUGCAGACAAUAUCUCUGGCUGCAUGUGUCACCCAGCUCUUCCUGUACCUUGCUGUGGGGACCACAGAGUUCGCAUUACUGGGAGCGAUGGCUGUGGAUCGUUACGUGGCUGUCUGUAACCCUUUGAGGUACAACAUCAUUAUGAACAGCCACACCUGCAUCUGGGUGGUCAUUGUGUCAUGGGUGUUUGGGUUCCUCUCUGAAAUAUGGCCAGUCUAUGCCACAUUUCAGUUUACCUUCUGCAAGUCAAAUCUGUUAGACCAUUUUUUCUGUGACCGAGGGCAACUGCUCAAACUAUCCUGUGGUGACACUCUUUUCACAGAGUUUGUUCUCUUCUUAAUGGCUGUUGUCAUUAUCAUUGGUUCGCUGGCCCCAACAAUAGUCUCCUACACCUACAUCAUCUCUACCAUCCUCAAGAUCCCCACAGCCUCAGGCCGGAGGAAAGCCUUCUCUACGUGUGCCUCUCACUUCAUCUUUGUUGUGAUUGGCUAUGGAAGCUGCUUGUUCCUGUUUGUAAAACCUAAGCAAACACAGGCUGCUGAGUACAACAAGAUAGUUUCCCUGUUUAUUUCUGUGGUAACCCCUUUCCUGAACCCUUUCAUCUUCACCCUGAGGAAUGACAAAGUCAAAGAGGCCCUUCGGGAUGGUAUGAAACGCUGCUGUCGACUGGUCAAGGAUUGAUUCUUCUAUGUCAAUUUUGUUUGGAAACACAGUAAUCAUUGGGGAUUAUUAAGUAACCUAGAAAACCCUAAUUCCUCUCUUAUCAUUAUCAUCCUUUCAGAAGCAAAUGGUAUGUACAGUUUCCAGUCAGGCCAUGGAAGAAGACAAAGAAGAUGAAAAUGAAACCCAUCUGUGCUCACUAGAAUCUCAUUCAUCAGUUCCUGCUGCUUCCACUAUUGAACUAUGGAAGCAUAUCUUUGGGAAGUGGGAGGAAGUAGAGAAAAGAAACACAUAUAUUUUUGUAGCAAUCUAUAGCUCAGUUAAUUCGCUAAUAAUCCCUUUCUCAAAAUGUGUAUCCUGAUGGAGGAAGGAUAUGGGAGAAGGCUAAGGGUGCAGGUCUGGAGUACCAAGGAAGAGAAGCUCACUUUUGUUGUUGUUGUCACCAUUGUUAAAUGUUGUAGACUUUUACUAUAUUUUGUCCAAUUUCUUGACAAGAUUGCCACAUGUAUUUUAAAUAUUGUGUUUCUCUCUUACUCUUGUGGUUUAUCGUGCGGUUUAUUCUGGUCCCAUUUUACUGCAAAGUAAAUAAAAUGUUAUAUACAUUUUUUUGCCACAGAAGCAACCUAGAUUGGUGAGAUGGGGAUUGGAAUACUUUUUUUUUUCAGUAAAUCUUUGUGAAGUAAAUAUAUGAAAUAUUUUGGGAUGUUUGGGAAUUGAGACAAAAAAGAAUUAAAUGACUAAUUCUACAGAGAAUUAGCAUUUUACAGCUGCUUAAAUCAACUAUUUCUAGUGAGACUGCUCCCAGACGCAGACUUCAGGCUUCAUGAUGCCUUUAUUUCUUUGUCUCCCAAAUCCAUGUGUAUUAGUACCUUUCCAUAGAUCUUCUCUGUGGGGAGCAUCAAAGGAAUGAGAAGCUACCCUCUUAACUCACAGUCCUUCAGGAAUUCCAGGGCAUGGCUAUUUAGCAAUGCAGUUGUAGGAUAUUCAUAAUGUUUGAGGAAGGGAUUUGAUGGAACGUGUUGAUUAAAUGAUAACACUCAGCACCUGAACUGGGUGGAUAUAUUGAGACACCCAGCAGUGGAUGAUGGUGUUCCAUAGGUUUGCAAAGAGUGCUGUGUGGGGAUGCCUUCCAUUUGAUGAGGACAAGGAAGACCACCACAUAUGACCUAGUUGAUUUCACCUCAUAUGGGCACUAGAUGAGGUGUUGAGUGGGGCCUUAAUCCAACCCAUGUUCUGCUAGCCAACCAGUGGGUUGUAAUGGGACUUCAUUGGCUAGAGAAAGGGCUGAAGGUUGUCACAAAGGUAUUCACCCACAUCCACAUUCAUUUUCUGAGGUCUGUCAGUUUUUUCUCCUUCAGUAAUGCAGAAAGGAUGUCUUUUCUAAUUUGUACAAAGGGCUUUCAUAGCACAAGAAUAGGAAAUUUUAUAUAUUUUUGGUGGGAAUAUAAAAUAUUUUGGUCCAAGUAAUUAGACAGUAGGAAACUUAGUAAACAUAUGCUGUACAUAUAUAAUAUUGCCUAUUCUCAAAUCUGUUGAUUCUUUUUUCAGCUUUAUUGAGUCUACUGAUGAGCUUAUGAAAGGAGUUCUUUUCCCCUCAUGCAGUAUUUUUUAGUUUAUAAUAUCUUCCUUUGAUUCUUUCUUACAGUUUUUAUUUCUCUACCGAAAACCCUU